AUGGUCUCCGUCAGCCUGUCUGAGCUUUCACAGUACCCCCCCCCUCAACCUAACAAGCCCAAGGCCUUCCGCCUCAACCAUGCUCAGAAACAGUACCUCAGCUCCCUCAAGACUGUCUCCGACGCUCCCAAGAAGCGCAAAGUCACCCAGGAGCUCGUCCUCGACAACAUCCUCCAAGCCAGAGAGAAGGCCGCCUCCAAGAAGCAGUCCGACGUCCCCACGACCCGGCAGGUGAUCUUCAUUGCGGACAUCCGGUUCGACUGA